AUGGAGUCCGGGCGGGGCCCGCGGGGCUGCACGGAGAGCCUGACCCCUCCCUGCGUGCCCCCCAGCUUCACAUGGAGCGACUCCCGCCUGCACCGAGGCCUGGUGACCCUGUUGACCGGCGAGAUUGCUGCCGCCUUCAGCCGAGAGUUCCGGACACUGUAUGCGGCCUCCUGGCCACUCCCGUCCGCGCCCACCUCGGGCCCCUUCGUCAGCAUCAUGGGGGGGCUGCAGCUGGCCCACAACCCCCACCGUGUGGCCCGCCGCCGCUCUGUGGCCCCCGUGUCACCGCCACCGCCCGAUGGCCCGCUGGCCCAACGCUUGGCCGCCUGCCGAGUCUUUGACGGGGACAGGCAGGAGACCCCGGCCGCCCCAGGGCCGGCGCUGAGCGACAUCCUGAGGAGUGUCCAGCGCGCCCGGACCCCCAGCGGCCCCCCCGCCCGGCCCAGCCACUCCCUGUGGGACCUGAGCCGCCUGUCCCAGCUGUCCGGCUCCAGCGACGGUGACAACGAGCUCAAGAAAUCCUGGGGUUCCAAGGACACCCCCGCGAAGGCCCUGAUGAGGCAGCGGGGCAUGGGAGGGGCCCCCUGGGGUGAGACAGAACCCCGUCCUCUGGGCCGGUCCCAGCCCCCAGGCGGCCCCCUCCCCGUCCUCCCUGCCCGCCGCCUCCGCCAUCUGUCCCCGACCAGAAGGAGGUUUGGUGAGGAUGCCACCUCCAAACUGCAGGAGCCCCGAGGCACCCAGCAGCCAGACUGGGCUGCCCAGGCAGGACUCAGGGGGCGACCCUGA